AUGUCAAAAUCAAAGAAACAACAACAAAUUAAAUCCACAAUCGCUACUGAUCCAAAUCAGGAUACUACUGACGCUAUCGAAAAUACAGUAGACGUCCCUAUCCAAAAUACCGUAGACGUCCCUAUCCAAGUCGAUGACAACAACAACAACAACAACCAUCAAGAAACUCAAUUGGACACUUUCCACUCACCUACUCUAUCUCAACUACAAAAAUAUCCAAUUGUUCAAAAAAAUUUAAACCAUUUGAAAAAUUACAAAUUGUUCAACACCAUAUUCGACUCUACCGUAUCAAACGCAAGAAAAUUAGACUCUUAUUUGAUCAAUUCUCAAUCCACCCCUCUUCUAAUCAAAAACUCCUACAACUGGUUCAAAUCAGGUCUCUACAAAAUUGAUGAACUCUUCAGCUUGUUGUUUUUGCAAAUCGGUUUGGAAGCAAUCAUAAGCGAAUGGAAUAACCAUUCAAACCGUCCUGGUAUCUGGUUGGCUUUAUUCUACAUCGACUACUUGGCUAACGUCACAAAUAUCCUAUUAAAAGAAUUCAUCGUAAAACCAUUCAAGUUGAACAACACCCUGGUAGAAAACCCUUCAAAUAUUACAGAUAACGUCAACUUGCCUCAUGUAAACGAAUUGUCAAUCCUAACUAAAAACAUCUCAAAGGAUAUCCAAUCAAAGGUUCAAAGUGAUUACAUCAACCCAACAAAGGACAUCGCUAUUCAAAAAUACGAAACUUUGGUCAAACCAACUGCUGAUAAAUUGCAAUCCGAAAUAUUGGACCCAACUAGAGAAAAAAUUAACGCUCAAAUUGGGAAAAUAGACCAUCUAGUCAAACCUACUUACAACUCUGCUAUCGAAACUUAUCAAACUGUCUCAACUACUUAUGAAAAUAAUUUGAACAAAACUGAUAGUGUCACUCGUGCAAUGGUCGCUACUGGUAGAGAUAUUGGUAACUUAACUUUGGAAAAAUUAAAACAAGCUACUCAAGAUACAAAAGCUGAAAAACAAGAAAACAAGCAAAAUUGA